AUGGCAGAAUCAUUCUACACCUCAACCCCACGAAUCUCCGGCGCCGCACCCAUCUCGUCGACACCGGCGUCUCCUGUCCCAACCGGGCCACCACCUCCGCCCCCUCCACCUAAACCGACUUCACAUCUGAGUGCAGAUCACAGUCGGUCAGAUACCCCAGUGCUCUCCUCUCCACCGACUACAUCCGCUUCAAUACAGCCUGGCCUGGUGAACUCGCCUCGACCCCAGCCGCCGAUUCCAACCGGUCAACCCACCUCCUCGACACCAAUCCCGCACACCCAGCAAGUGCUGCAACAAGUUCACGUUCCUGUGCCACCACCGUCACUGUCUGACCGCUGGGUCCCAAAACAGGUGGAAGACAAACCGAUCAACGAACUUCAUCCGCUCGUCAACAACCCCUCCCUUCUGGCGUCGCUGGCCACCACUCACCCCUCAUACGCAUCCUCUCUUGUUCCCCUACAAACCGCCAUUCAAGCAAACCUCCAACUUGCACAACAGGUCGCACAGCUAGAGAACCAGUUACGCCAACUGCGAGACGAAACUGCCCAGUUGCUGCUCAACCAUACCUCUCUGCAGAGCCAGUGGCGAAGGAAACAGAGUGAGAUGGACGAUGCAUUGUCACCUUGGGGCCCGAGACAAAUGUACCAGCGGUUGGUGUCGAGUAUCAAUGAACAGGAAGCCCUACUGCGAGCCAUGCAAGAGAGUUUUCUCGAGGGAUCCAGCGACGGCGGUGCGUACUACAGCGGUGGAGAUGGAAAAGCCAGCGACAAAGAGGUCACUGAAUGGGUUCGUAGAAUCAAGGAGGGUGCUACGACCUUGGCAAAGAGGAAGGAGAUGCGAGCUCGCUGGGAUGAAGGAAGAGUGGGUGGUUGGAGGUGA